AUGGACCAGGAGGCCCAGCUUGAGCUUGAGCUUUACCUCCAGGCUCUUUGCAAGGCUGUAGGCGGAUUAGUGGGCAUGAUCGUGACAGAAUCCACUUGGGUCUGGGGCGUGGCGGCUGGACAGGGCACAGCACAAGCUGUUGCUCUCGAGCGGCUGGAGCAGCUCAAGCUGGACCUUGCAAAGAGCCUGGAGGUAAAGCUCAAGCUCAAGCUGGGCCUCCUGGUCCAUGGCUUGCGCUUGUGGCAUGCUAGGCGACACGGUAAAGUAGUGCUUUCACAACUGAUGCAAGGGGGCUCAGCAGCCCUUGUAUCCGAGGUCCAACUACUGUUUAAGAUCUAUAGUUGUGAGCCUCCUUUCUGCUGA